AUGGGGCGUAAGACAAAGAAAUAUCGGGCAGAUAAGCCCCCGACAACCGCUGAUAUUGGCUCUUAUGGAGACCCCAGGGCACCACGAGGUCUGUCAUGGCGCCUCUCUCGGAUGGGCCAUCCUGCUAUACCAUCAGACCGAAAAUCAUGGCCACCAGUGACGGAAGCUGCCCUGAAGGCCCUUCUAGAUGAGAUACGCCGCAAUAUCGCGGCUGACAUCUCUACAUUUAAAGAAGAUAUCAACAGAGUCUCGGCCCGCCUACACGAAACGGAGGUUGCCACAGCAGGCCACGAGACACGGCUUACUGCACUAGAAUGGGAACUCUCCAUGUUAAGGCACGAACAGGCGCAGACACAAUACUGCAUGGCAGCAAUGGAGGACCGGAGGCUGUGUAAGAAUGUAAAGGUGCGCGGCCUUUCCAACAGCUAA